CAACGGUUACUCAAAGGAAAAGCUACCAAUCACAACAUGCACAGGCGACCUUCAGGUGCUCAGCCUCUCCGUAAGCCGUUUGUACUCCUACUCUCUGUAAACAUUCCAUGCUAAGUUGCUGUACGUAUUUGUAGUAUGCUGACUCUCCUUAUGAACCACGACUGUAUCCUUGCAGAAUAGCACCUACAAAUGUAAUUUCCACAUGUUUGAUUCUUAAAAUGUGGUCCUCCCUUAAAAUCACUAUCCCUAAAGAUCAAAAACAUUUUCACUUUUAGUGCUUUGGAAGAAGUAGGAGAAGGUAAUCAUAUGGAACGGUGUAUAUGUGAAAAACACCUAUGUCACUGAAAAUAUUCACUAUGUACAUUUCUUUCGCAUUAUUUGAGGGUUCAUAAGGAAGGCUGUCCGGGGUUAAAAUGUUUGCCCACAUCAUUCCUCCACUCAUCCUAUUACCUUGUGAUCCAGUCCCCGCAUUUUUUGUCAGAGUAAGUCUUUGUGUGGGUAGACUGGCUUUGGCCUGUCUGUAUUUACGAUGCUGGGAAUAUUGCGACAGUGAUUUCAGGUGAUUUGAUUGCCUAAUUCAUUUCCCGUUAUGGAACUCAGAAUUUGGAGGAUAUAGACAGUUCUUGGUUCGUUCUUAGUGGAGUCAUUUCGUUCGUUCAAAAUCGGAGCGGCGUUCAACUGAUGCUGCACGUGUGCUGAUAGAAACAUAUGUUAGAAAAAUAACUGGAUGGCCACAGCACAAGUUCAUCGCUUUCAGCAGCGUGUUUCAAAUCUCCAGUCACAUCAUAAACUUGCGUCAAUUAGGCAUUGUGAAGCUGUAAACAGUUAUGUCAAUCAGAAUAAUGCACUAAUGAAUUGUUUGCUAAUUAAUUUGAAAGCUGCAGAUAAAAAUGUAAAAAGAACAAAGAGAACUACAAAACCGAGAAAUACACAUUCUCACUUAAAAAAGUCUGCACGUUUUACUGGGAAGUCGUAUGCUAUGCAGCCACCUUAUGUUGAGCAAACCAACACAAUGUAUCACCACUCAAUACCAAGACAAACAAAUUGUGUCAAUCGAUGUUUCACCAAAGAAUUAUGGAAUGAAUUCGGUACAACAGGAAUGGGAAAUGAACAGUUUGCCUGUAAUUCAAAAGAACCAAUAUUUCCACCACCAACAUAUGCAGAACCAAGUGAACCGGCUAUAUUUGACGAUUGUUCCUGGAAAAAUUGGCUUAGCGAUGAUAAAGAUAGAAAUGAUAAUGUUAUCCUCCAAAACAAGUGGCCGUCUGCAACACUUCAGCCUGACUAUACUUUAUGUAGCAAUAAUUAUUCAUGUGAUGAAGUCAAUUCAUUUGUUUACAAUGAAACAUUACAAGAAAAACGCUUUUGGAGUAGUGAUAAUCCCCUAAAUGAUCGUAGAAAACAAACAGCUAAUUUUACUAGUGAUUUUAACUUCUCUGUUCCACAGUCGGUGGAUUCUUAUUGGUUGAAACAGUCCACUUCUUACAGUGACAUCAAACAUUCACCGCUUGCUAAUACAGAUAGUUAUGUGUAUGAUGAAACAUUGUAUGCUAGACAAAAUUCCUUCCGUAGUAGUAGUACUCACAAUAUUAUUUCUGAAGAUGUAAAUUGUUUUCCAAUUAACCGGAUAGGUAAUUAUUCACUAGAAUAUAAUCCUCUUAAUAUCAACUGCAGGAUAUCUGAAUCAUGUAAAAAUUCUAUUAACCCAAUACUUGCAUCCACUUAUCCCCCAUCAGGAUCUAAUUCACAUUAUUAUCAUUCAACAACAACAGGCUUUCAUACUGAUGAGUGUUUGAAACCUCACUACAAUUAUAUGCCUUAUUAUCCUUCUGACUAUAGCAGUAAUAGUAAUAAUAAUAACAACUGUAAUGAAAGCAAUCUAAGUGAUCAACCUUGUACGGAUACAAGUUUAUCGGCAGCAAAGCAUUCAUUAAUGUAAAUUACUCAUCAGCUUCUUUAAUUAUUUAUUUUCUUAUCCAUACUCAUAUCUUUUAUCUCGUAAUCAAUUCCUGUAAAAUUUAUAGAAGUUAAUGAUAAAGAAUUGAGUUUUUGUGAUACAUAUCGAUAGAAAACAGAACAAAAAACUUUUUCUGCGCCUGUCUCUGCGGUUAUUCUUUUUUCUUUUCAGUAAAAUUAAUAUUAGUCAUUUAUCUAUUCAUAUCCGUUUUAUUAUUAGGAUGUAUAGUCCCACCCCUUCCCUCGUAAAAAAUGAUAUUGAGCCAUAUUCAAGCAAUCAUGAUACUAAAUUUUCAAUUAUUUACUAUUUGUACUGUUCUGAUGAAAUGAAAAGCGCCAUAAAUUGACUUCUGUUUUAAGUUGUUCCGUGUAAUUAAAUAUAAUUUUAUUUUGUUCGUUUCUGUUUGUGUACUGUUGAUUAAACUCAGUUUUUGGGAUAGGUUUUUCUCACAUUUGUGUAAGGGCUGGUGAUUCUUUCCAGUCACCCCUGGGCUUAAGCAGGUGCAGUAGAACCCGACGUUGAGACCUAUUACCUAUAAGUCGAGUGCUUAAUCCAUUCAAUUACUGAUACAAACAUAUUUUGUGUACGUCGAAGUAGUAUUUAUUUCGGCUUACGUCUAAAAUAAGACGGAGAGAGUUGAGUUCUAUGAACUUGCUCUUCUGUAAAUAUAUGUUGACGUAAAUUAUAUAAUUGUAGCAACAUUAUCAAGACACUGUUUCAUAUGACUUUACAAUAUACUGUCAUUUGAUAAUAAUUUAAAUCCCCUUCAGUUAAUUUACUAUCUUUACAUUGAAAACUUGCUUGCAAGUGUCGAUAGUUGGGUCUUAAUGUUAAACUGUUCACUUAUAUGUAGGCUGUUAAGGCAAUCUUUAUAUUAUUUACUAUAUUUAUUUACUUAAGUAAUCAUUCAUAUUUUAAGGUCUAUUCAAGCUGAAUGAGGUAUUUUAGAUGGUCAUGUAU